AGUUGAUGGAGAUGAUGAAAACAAUCAUAAGGUUGGGUGUUAUUAUGAGCAUAGUGCUCAAAUUAGCAAUGGCAGCAAAUUACACAGUUGGAGGCCCAAUUGGUGGGUGGGAUACCACCACUGAUUUGCAAACUUGGGCUACCUCUCAAUCCUUUUUAGUUGGAGAUAAUUUGAUUUUCCAAUAUGGGCCCACACACAAUGUAUUUGAAGUAUCAAAAGCAGAUUAUGACUCAUGCCAGAUCAGCAAUCCAAUUCAAACACAUUCUGGUAGCAAUACAUUAAUCCCUCUCUCUUCUCCUGGCAAGAGACACUUCAUUUGCGGAACAGCAGGCCAUUGCAGCCAAGGAAUGAAGGUUGAGAUAGACGUUCUUGCUACUACUACUCCAUCACCACCAACCGCCUCACCUACAUCACCGCCACCUCUGGUUUCUCCGUUCACCGACCCUCCCGUUUCCUCCCCAUCUCCAAAGACAACUGCUCUGUCGCCAUCACAGCCACAACUCUUUCCAAAAGUGUCUCCAUCAUCAUCUCCUACAUCAUUUCCUUCUCCCAAUGUUUCUUUGCCUCCUCUUGCGCCGUCUUCAGCUAAUAGAGAUAGCUUACGAGCAAGUCUAACAAUGGGCUUUAGUCUGGUCAUUAUGAUGCUUAUGGGGAUUUGAAGAAGAUCAAUUCUUAAUUUAUAUUCUGUCAAUUUUUUUAGCAUUUUUCGCGUCUUUCCUUUAAGAGAUGUAUUGCU